ACUCAUGCGGAAUUGUGUUCAGUCCAUCGGAGUCGUGCUUCUGUAAACACAUGUACAGUAUCGGAAUGUCCUUCUGCAAACUAGAAAUACUACCGGCCUGGUUCCUGUUCGUUGUGGUGGAAUCACAGAUACAACUUCCGGCGUUGAACCCAGUGUUCUCUACAUCCCUAAACGCUCCACGGGUUGUUGCGGUACCAAGAAUCGUUGCUGUAACAUCAGUCUCCAACAGCCAAAGUACUUCAGCAUUAGCUCAAGCACCAGGCGAACCACCACCUUCAGGUGUUCCGGGAGCAGGGAAUACACCUCCACGAACUGGUGCUAGCCCUGGUGCUCCUCCUGGUGGUCCAGGUAGUCCUGGUCCAGGAGGUGGAGCACCUCCCGGAACUCCAGGUGCAUCACCCACCAUCCCUGGAGUUCCAGGAGCUGGACCACCGGGAGCGGGAGGAGGAGCACCAGGAGGGGCACCAGGAGCUCCAGGGGGAGGACCAGGAGCUCCAGGGGGAGGACCGCCGGGAGGAGCACCAGGAGGAACACCAGGAGCUCCAGGGGGAGGACCGCCGGGAGGAGCACCAGGAGGAGCACCAGGAGGAGCACCAGGUGGAGCACCAGGAGCAGGACCGCCAGGAGCUCCAGGGGGAGGAUCACCGGGAGGAGCUCCGGGAGGAGCACCAGGGGGGCCAGGAGCACCAGGAGCUGGAUCACCAGGAGCUCCAGGGGGAGGAGCACCGGGAGGAUCACCGGGAGGAGCACCAGGGGGGCCAGGAGCACCAGGAGCUGGACCACCAGGAGCUGGCCCACCAGGAGCAGCCUCUGCUCCAAGAGCUGUAGGAGGAUCCCUUACGGGUCCAUCUUCAUCAUCAACAAACUCUACUGGAAUCUCACUAAGUAUUGAUAACGUUCCAGCUAACGGUGCCAAGCCCAACAUCACAUUGGUCAUAUCUAAUAUAUCAAAUGGGACUAAAAUUAACAUAAGCAGCAGCGGAAGGUUGCCUAAUACCUCAAUGGGAUAA